GUAAGUGAAAAGAUGUGGAUGGGUCUUAACUUAAGUUUUAUUUUUCAUGUUAUGAAACGGCCAAAAUGUAGAAACAACGUUUUAUUAGCUACAUUUGUUAUGGGGAUGGCUCUGCUAAUGAUGAAGACGAGGAAGAUAACAACUGCUCAAGCAGUCCCAUCACCAUGACUAGUGAAGACUUGCUACAACCAGGUCAUGUAGUAAAAGAAAGAUGGAAAGUGGUGAAGAAGAUUGGAGGAGGAGGUUUUGGAGAGAUCUAUGAAGGUCUUGAUCUUGUCAAUAAAGAAUUAGUAGCAAUGAAGCUAGAGUCAGCAAAGCAAGCGAAACAAGUGUUAAAAAUGGAGGUGGCUGUACUGAAAAAACUCCAAGGCAAAGAUCACGUGUGCAGAUUCAUUGGUUGUGGACGUAAUGAUCGUUUCAACUAUGUGGUGAUGCAGCUUCAAGGAAAAAACUUGGCAGAACUUAGACGGAGUCAGCCUCGUGGAGCUUUCAGUUUGAGUACCACCCUUCGUUUGGGUGUGCAAAUUUUAAGAGCCAUGGAAAGUAUUCAUGAAGUUGGAUUUCUUCACAGAGAUAUUAAACCUUCUAACUUUGCAAUGGGACAUCAAACUCAGACCUGUCGAAAAGUCUACAUGUUAGAUUUUGGAUUGGCUAGACAAUAUGUAACAGCAUCUGGGGAGGUGCGUGCUCCUCGAGUAGCAGCUGGCUUCAGAGGAACUGUUCGAUAUGCUUCUAUCAAUGCACAUAAAAACAAAGAAAUGGGUCGUCAUGAUGAUUUGUGGUCAUUAUUUUAUAUGCUAGUUGAAUUUGUGAAUGGACAACUACCUUGGAGAAAAAUUAAAGAUAAGGAGGAGGUUGGCGUGAUGAAAGAAAAAUAUGACCAUAGAUUACUUCUAAAACACUUGCCAUCAGAUUUUUGCCAGUUUCUGGACCACAUAGUGAACCUGGACUAUUACCAACGUCCAGAUUAUACCAUGCUGGCUGGGCUCUUUGAAAGAUCCAUGAAACGUAGAGGCGUGAGAAACAGUGAUCCCUAUGAUUGGGAGAAAAAUUAUACAGACAAUUCCAUGACCACCACCACAUCCCCUGAUAUCAUAUCCAAACCGACUCUUCAAGAGAAUGCCUCACCUGGAAAUCAUGAAACAGAUCACAUGCUGGAAGACAACAUCAUAGUCAGUUAUGAAGAUCAUGCCGAGAACUACAGACAAGAUGGUUACCAUGGUACCAGCAGAGUCAGAAAUAUGUUACAAAAUCAGAAGGUUCAAGUUUUUGUAUCUCCUUCUCCAAACAAUAAAAGUGUUGUUCCUGACAAUCUUUGUCAUGUGGCAAUUGUACGACCCGCAGCAUCAACCAAGAACAACAACAUUAAUGAUAAAGAACUUGAAGCUAAUGUAAAGAUGGAUAAACCAUUAAAAGAAAGGAUAGAUGGUGAAAUGGAUAAGGUACAAAACAUUAAAGCAGGAGAUGAGAGGGAUUCUUUACACUAUCAGCGAGAUUCUCAUACAGUCAAUGAAGAGCAGAGAGAGGAGAGGCCUAGCUCUAGAAUAUAUUCACGGUCACGAAAAGACCUACCCAAGCUUCAGAUUGGUCCUAUUCAGGAACAUGAAUUCAUCAAUGAGCAACCAGAACUGCAGAGGGACAGCAUCCAAACACGUGAUAGUAAGAUCAAUCAGCAAGAUAAUAGUGCUCAUAAUAUUCAAAAAGUUGUAACAACACAGGAUAAAAUGAGCAAAUACACUCCAACAGUCAACUCCCAAAUAACACAAGAUAUUAAAGAAGAAACUCAGCAAGAGCCACAACAUCGACAACACCACUCAGGUAGCAGGUUUCGAUGCAGAGAUUCCUCCUUUACUCAGUUUGCUGUAGCAGAAGAUGACAACAUAUCAGCUCUGCAGCAGGUCACAAAAGGUGCAACAGCUGCCAUGACUCUUGUUUCAAAGUGGCAGGUGUCCUUUGAUGACAGCGAAGAAACGGAUAAUGAAAUGGAAGAUAAUGUUCAAGUAACUUCACCAGAACAUAGGUCUAUUAAACGAGAUUCUUCAGGUACCUCACUUCAGAAGAAGGUAUCCUCAGCCUUUAUUGAAAAUGGAAGACCACAUAAUAUAAGUUCCUCUACAGAGGAAAGAAAAACUGGCAGUCAGUUGGAAUCCAACAAACUUAAAACAAAAGAAACGGACAAGAUGAAAGUUUUAGAAAAUAAAGCUUCAACUGUACAAACAGAUCAGCUAAAACUGAAAUUUGAAGCCUGUAAACCAAGAGAAAGAAGGAGACCCAUAGACAGACAGUUAUCUUACCAACCAACAGACCAAUCACAACAGGAGUCUGGUGAUUGUAAAUCACAAGAACGAAAAAGACCAAUACAACGUUCCCUUUCACAUCCUAGUAGGCUUCCUCCAGGCAUUUCUGUUGAUGGUACAUAUUAUCAAUAUGUAAGUUUAGGAGGCCUUCACUUUCCUGGACCAGUUCCUCUUGGUCUGCCACGAGUUUGGAGUUGCCCUUCAUUUUGUUUCCAUAUUCGUUCUAAUCUUCAGCCUCCUCUGAAGCAACAAGCAUCAUUUGAUGAGAACGUUUAUGAAGUUGAUGUUAUGAGAAAUGUAGUUGCUAAACAGUUGCCUGAUGAAAGUUGUCAUGAAAACAAUGGAGACAGAAGAGCUUCACUGCCAUUUAUUCAUCUCAAUUCUUGUGAAGAAGAAAAAGGACAGAGAGUAGAAGGCAUGAAAGGAAAAGUUGUGUCUUCAAAUGAAAAUGUGGAAAACCAGAAAGAAGAAUUUAAAUGGAAUAUACAGAAAAUUGAUAAUUGGCAAAAUCUUUAUGAUUCCAAAAAUGAAAAAGAUAAAAUUGUUCAGAAAUUAAAUGUUUUUCCUUCCAAGGGAAUUCUUAAGAAACCUGGCCUAGAAAGAUCUAUUUCUCGAGAUAGUUGUAAAGAAGAAAUGGUUCAAAACAUCAGAAAAUUUGAGCUAACAUCACAAACUGAUCAGAAAAGAGAGAUUCAAGAGAAUGAUAAAGAAAAAGGGCAAGCAGUAGAGCCUUCUGUUUACUUUGAUGCACCUUUACAAAAAGAAGAUAAAUCCUUUCACAUGCUGCAAAUUAAUGGAAAAAAAGUUAUAACCAAGGAAAAAUCAAACAAGAGCUCCAGAGGAAAAGUGGUUAAUGUUCCAUCGUGGGAAGAGCCUAAAGAAAUUUCUAAGGAGAAAUUUGGCACACUAGCAAAAGAUCAGAUUCCAUUUCAUUCUGUACCACAGAAAAAGAUUUCAGUGAUAAGUCUGAGUGAACUGCCAGAAGCGUUCCACUUGUUGGGAGUAAAAAGUUCUUAUGUUGCAAAUACUCCUACUGAUAUAAACAGAGACACUUCUCUUCCUAAUGCUAAGAAUGAACCUGAAAAAAUCCAUGGCUUACAGCAGUGCAGUGUUCUAGAACCACAAAUUUCUGAACUGGGGCUACAAAAAGAGAUGAAAUAUUUACAGAAACACUGCUCAGGAUAUAAAAAAUCAUUAAUUGAAAAUAAGGAAAAUAGGUUUAACCAUUCCUGUGACUAUGUUUCUUCUGCCAAAGAAAACAUUAUUAGAUCAAGUAACCAGGAAUUUAUAACUCAAAAACUUUCAUUAGGGAGUUCCCAAGAAAACCAUCUUUCUCAUAUUCCUGUUUGUCUGCUUGAUUCACAGAAGGAUACAAAUCUCUCUACAACAUCUGAAGGUUCUCAAGCACCCUUUCAAGUUUAUCAAAAGCCUCAAGUGACUGGCAGAGAACAGAGACGACCAAAGUCAAUGACUGAGACUAAUUUUAGAGAUGGAACUGAGAAGUGCAAUAAUCAAGCUUAUGAAUAUGUAAGUGAUGAAUUAAACAAUUACCUCUCCUUAAAACGUUUAUCUGAAAGUCCAUCAGGCAUAACUAACACUACUAUAGCAUGUGAUAGAGUCUCUAAAACAGAACAAAAAAACAUGAGAUCCCAGCCUUACAAACAAGGGACAACAAGAGAGGAAUUAAGACAUGUACAAAAUUGUGAAGUUGGUGACAAAUACAAGAGUUCUGAUCAACAAGAUAUAGAUGAAGAAGGCCCUGUGGUAAGACGUCGCAGAGAGACCUCUGAUGACAAGUAUAUUAAAGAUGAAACAGAACUGAAUUUGAACUUUCAACGAAGACGACAUCGUCCUGUUACAAUUUGUGAAGAAUCUCGCAUUCCAGUACGAAAAGGGCGACAACUGUUUUCAGAACCCAACAGGCAACUUUAUGAAGAGAGUUUAUCAGAUAGUCACCAAACCUCAAACAAGCUUCUACAAAGUCACAUAGAUAAGAUGGAGCAGUCAUCCAAAAAUACAGAUAUCCAAAAUGCUGUUACUAGAGGUCCUACACCCCUACCAGGAGAUCCUCCCCAAAAUAACUGCGUUCUAGCAAGACAACGUAGAUACCAGCUGUUUUCACCAAGUUACCUAACAAUAACUGGCAAUGAUUCUUCCCAAGGAAAGUCUCCUGACUGAAAAUGCACAUCAUUUUUUUGUGGAGAGAAUAAAGUUCAAAACCAGCAGGACUGGUGAUACUUUCUUUAGAAAAUGUUAAAUAAGGAUGGAAACAUGAGGUCUACAGAAGAAGAACAGUGUUAUAUAUCUUUCAAAUUACAUUAUUUUAACAUAAACACAUCUAGUCAUAAGGUUUCUCAUGAAGGAAAGUGUGUUUUAACAAACAUAUUUCUAUGCAAGUUUUCAUAUUCUAGAGAAUUGUGUUUUGUUUGUUAAAUUAUAACUUUAUUUGGAAUUGUUUUGACAGAAAUUUGAACUUAUUGUUCAGUCACAUGUAAAGUUCAGUGCAUUAUUGGAUUUCAAAAUAGCAUAGACUUAAUUAUAAUUCCCGUGAAACAUGAGCAAUAGUACUAUUGGUAAAUAAGACUGAGCUUAUGGGCUCUAUACAUUAAAAAUAGUAUACUGUAGUUCCUCCUUUAAAGCACCCACCCCCCACUUUUCUGGGAAAUUACAAAUCCUAGUUGGCUGCAAGAGCUUGGGUCACGAUUGGAGAUGCCUGUAAUUUAUCCUUAACUACCAACUAUUUCAUGAUGUUUAAAGAAACAUUUUACGUAAUGCAGAAUUUUAAGUCUUUUAUUUCAAUAGAACCAGUAUCUCAAUAGUACUGUGUCAUUAAUAGUGAAAACUUAGUCCUUGAAACAUGAUGAAUUAAUUGUCUACAUCAGGAUGUUGUAGUAUAGCAUACCAAAAUAUUGAGAAAUAAAUCAAUGAAGAACAUGUUUUUGGAAUAUCAUGUUUUAGUGCCAGUAUUACUUGGUGUAAAAUAACUGGUGUACAACUUUUGGACAGUUCUGCUAAUUUUCUAAACACCUGGAGUGCUGAAUGGGGUGAAUAGUGUAUUAUCUAGUUUAAUCAUCUACCAGGCUUAUUUAUGUAGUUCAUAAUUAUUUUUCUUUAGGCUUCAUAUUUGUGGCAGCUAUUUCCAUUACAGCAUUUUUGUUUGUUAUAAUAAUUGUUCAUAAUUAUUCAUUUAAAAUUAACAUUCAAAGUUAAAGAAUGGCUGUGUUAUGGGUUAUUCUUAACAUCAGAUACAAUUUUUCAUUUAAAUAGUUACAUUGCAUUGUAAUUAAUGCUAUACAAAGGAAAUUCUUGCAAAUGAUGAAAGGUUUUUUUUUUAAAGUACGAAACACUGAUUUGAAACUUACUUACUCCAUGGCUGUGUUCUUUCCCAAAAUAGUUAAUAAUACUUAUGUCACUCUUGCUACAAAGUCAAGUUAACAUUGGUGUUUUGUAUAUUACUUAUUUAAUAUUCAAGAUUUCUUGUUUUAGAGAACAUUUUGAGGUAUUGUUAAUAAUGAAUCAUGUUUCUGUGCCUAAUUCACCCCAAGAUAGCUGACAAAUGUGAUGGAGGAUGACAGGUAAAAAAAAAAAAAAGCUUGAAGUCUUUUUGGAUUCUUUUAAAUUAAGUAGAAAUAAUGGAACAUU